AUGCUCAACUCGGCGGGAAACUAUUUAUUCACGUCAUUCGGAGGACUCUAUCGGAGUUGUCGCGAUGAGAAAACGAAUUUGGAUGCAGUAAAAGAUGUUUGCGUGAUGGUGCAAAGCUGUCCACCAAAUUCUUCCGAUAUCCUCUUCCAUUCUCUGUACGAAGACAGGGAUUUUGUUUGUCCGAACAGUGGAUUGCCACAACAUUUGCAAUCCUUGCAAGCAAUAGGUUCGGGCAUUGGCGCUCUAUUGGGCGGGCAUGCGGCCGAUCAGUUUGGGAGAAAACUGAUCACAAACACCGGUGCAAUCUUGAUGUGUAUCGCGGGUCUUCUGGGAGCUAUUUCUCCAAAUUGGACCCUACUCGCGGUGGCCAUGUUUGGAAUGGGAUUUAGCUAUGGUGUUCUUGUUGACUCUUCAAUGACCCUCGCCAGUGAAUCAGUCGGUCCAAAGUAUCGAAUCGUGCAGACUCUAGCAUUUCAGUGGGCCCUCGCCAUGCAAAUAGCUGCAUUUAUUGCCUAUGUGACGGGCACUUGGAGAAUGUAUCUAAUUGUGAUCAAUGUGGCCGUGAUUCCCGCACUGUUUUUGGUACCACUUUGGGUCGAAUCGCCGAGAUGGUUGAUACAAAAGAGGAAAUAUUCUAAAGCAGCUGAAAGCCUCAACGUAAUGUCAAAAUGGAAUGGUGACAGUGUAACUUUCUCCGAAGACGAUCUCAAAGACAUACAACUAGACAAAGGAAAUUUAAAAAUCUACUCGAUUUGGCACCUUUUCAUGACGCGAAAAUUGUUUCUUUACAGUAUGGUGAUGAUUUUAUCGGCGUUAACCGUUGAAACCACGGUAGCUGUGAUCAUUUUCGAUGUGCAGACCCUAGCCGGUAAUCCUUUCUUGAACAUUGCUCUUUAUGGAACCCUUCGACUCUGGGUACCGCUAUUCAUCAUUUUCCUAGAGAAAUAUUCAAGCAAAAUUGGCCGAAGAUCUCUAUUUUGCACUUCGCAAGGAAUCAGUAACUCGUCAAUAUUUUUCACUGUUUACAAGCAAUACUCGAUGGAACUCUAUCCGACAUUGAUGAGGGCAAUGGCUGUGGGAGCGUUUGGGGUCAUUGAGAGGAUAGGUGGCGCCAUGGCUCCUCAACUAGUUCAUCUCUCGCGAACAAUGUGGCCCGGAUUCGGCGUACUGGUGGCUUCAGUUUUAGCACUAGCUAGUCUCCUAGCCGGUUGGGCAAUCUUGCCAGAAACAAAGAACGCAACAAUGCCCGAUACGGUGAGUCAAGAGGAAAAAGGAAUACGUGAGGAAAGCCUU